AUGUCGACUCUUCUGGCCGGCCUCGCGGCAAAACGCGCGCACCUCUUCGACUUCAUUGUAGUUGUCUCUAUCAUACACUGGACCAUCGUCUACAGCGGCUUUCAUCUGGAGUCAACCGUGUCUCACUCUGCGGCUUUUGCGCUCCGCCAGAGCGCUUCUGUGGUUUUCAAAGGGCUUGCAAAGGCUGCUCAACUGCUCUUCGACAUUGUGCUUCUCGUGCUCUUCGUGUUCCUCGCAUCCAUCGUAGUGGUGAGCAGACUGUGCAAGGAGCGAGAAUUCGCAUCAAUCUUGAAGCUGAUCAUCUUUUAUAUGUGCCUGUGGCUUAGAUCCCAUUCAAGAGUAGCCCUUCCCGCUCAACUGCCGGAGAACGCUGGAUCUGGAUAAGCUCUUUGCUCACGCAGAUGCUGAACUCGCUUGAUCGCUUUAUCACCGAAAAACUUGCCUCCUACAGUCACCUUGGCCUUGACUUGAGAACGACGCUUCAGUUCGAGUCGAUCCGUGCUCCUAAUCCGACGUGGCUCAAUCACAUUGCCAAGAAAGCAGAAGUGGUCCGUUCCGAGGCACGCAAAUGGCAGUCUGGAUUCAUCUUGGAGAGUCAUCCCCGCCACCUGGCUCACUGUGCCCUUCGCCGCGCGUUCGCUUGCAAAAAGAACUCACCUUCUCGAGUUGCCAAGACCACUAAGGCUAAGAAGAGGCGCCCACGUCGCAAAAAUGUCAAGCCUCGCCCCGACAUCGAGCCUAAGGCUACAGCUCUGCCCCCGCCUCCUUAUGCCCCUCGCGCUGGACAAACAGAGACGGAACCUAUGGCCGACGACACCAAAAAGCUCGAACCGGCGUCCGCGCCGCCUACACACGCAGAUUCUAAGUCUCGCCGCACCACGGAAUGGGUACGCAAAGGUAUUUCUGUUCCUCCUCGUCCUCUUCGCACUGGAAGCAGCGACUCCGAGCCCAUGGUGGACGACUGCAAGAAGGCCAAGGCUCCAAAAGCAUCGCGAGCUCCUCGUGUACGUGCAAGCGGCCCCUCGUACCGCUACCGAAAGACCGCGAUCGUCAAGUCGAAACGAGCUCUCGCCAAUCGCCGCUCGACUGGGUCAUCUCAACCGGGCAUCUCGUGGUCGGAGCACGUAAGUGCUGCCAACCUUGGUCGCAGGCUCAUCCUCUCUUGCGGGCCUAUCCUUUCAGACACGCGAAGCCCAUCGACCCUCUGCAAAAAGGUCGCGAGACCUUGCAGGGUAUAUCAGAGGGCUUGCAGGGUACGUUGGGAGAGCAGCAAGGACCGCGAGAUGCACCAAUGACCUUGGAAGAGCACGGCCGGGCAUCGACGGAUAUAAACCGAUGGAGAGAGGGCCGCACCGACAAGGAGUUUUUCCAGCGCCAAGAGCGUGAGAUGCUUCAGCGUGAAGGUAAAGCCGCUCGCGAUGCCUUCGUCAAGCAAAAUCUCCCUCUGGUCUGGCAAACUGCCAGUGUAGGCGACGUGGGGUGUGUAUACAUCAUUCGCACCGGUGGCGAGACGGACGAGCUUGGGCGACCGAUCUUAUCCCACCGCGCCCACGCCAAUCUUGCGCACGAUUAUCGUCAAGAGUUUGGGGACGAGGUCGGGGAGCCAAUUACGCCCUCCCGCCAAGCUAGGUUCCCCCCAAUCGAGAAGUGGUGCUUCGACAUGGACUCGGACAAUCCACUUGACGAAUCGUCGUCGAUUCGAGGUCUUGCAUCAAUGAAGAGCCCUCGAGAGAGCUGCAGUGUCACAUGGCCUGCUUGCUAUAGUCAGUCACAACCCUGCGCAGUCUUGCGUGGUGGUAGGCUGACUAGCAGCAAGCCUGGCCGUGUGUCAUUGAGGCUGCUUGUCGACUGGGCAUUACGCCCUGCUGGUCAGUGCCCGACGCAGUCUCUGUGUAGUGGUAGCCUAAUCAGCGGCCUCAAUCAUCAUCAAGAUCAAGAUCAAUAGGAGAUUGUCAUCAUGUUUCGGCCUCGCGUCGCUCACUGUGACGCCCGAUGAGUCCUAACCUGACGCAACGGUUGCGUAAUGGUAGCCUCACCGGCAAAGCGGUCGGACAGCCUCACCCAAGGCUUCGCGCACCCUCCAACCCCUCUAACUUCUCGUCCAAUGCUAUCUCGUAUCCUGCUCCGUCCAAGAUUUCGCGCAGUUCCCGACCCAUUGGUCGCUCAAUGCCAUCCCGUGUUCUGCUUCACCCAAGGCUUCGCGCACCUUCCACCCCUCCCACACCUUUCCCAGUCCAUCUCGUGCUCUGA